UCUUCCCGUACAAAAACUUCUCUUUCUCUUUCAUUACUGAAAAAAAAAAAAAAAAAAUUCUGCAGUUUCCGUGGUGUUUGGGAAAGUGGUGGAAUUUGGAGAAGUAAACCCUUCGUUUCAGUAAAGUAGUUUCCGAUAAUUCAAAAUUUCUGACAUUCCAUACCAUUCUCCACUUUUGGUCAGUGAUUAAUUUGAAAUCCAUUGUUUAGCGGGUUUUUUCUGAGACAAAUUUGGAAGAAUGGGGUAUAUAGGGGCACAUGGUGUAGCGGCUCUUCAUAGGUACAAGUACAGUGGUGUGGAUCACUCCUACCUUGCCAAAUAUGUGCUCCAGCCCUUUUGGACUCGCUUUGUUAAGAUCUUUCCUCUUUGGAUGCCUCCAAACAUGAUAACACUUAUGGGAUUCAUGUUCUUAGUCGUUUCAGCACUGCUUAGCUAUAUAUAUUCACCUUGCUUGGAUUCGUCUCCUCCAAGAUGGGUUCAUUUUGCCCACGGAUUGCUUCUUUUUCUCUAUCAGACCUUUGAUGCUGUUGAUGGGAAGCAAGCUAGACGGACAAAUUCCUCAAGUCCAUUAGGGGAGCUUUUUGACCAUGGAUGCGAUGCUCUUGCUUGUGCGUUAGAAGCAUUGGCUUUUGGGAACACUGCUUUGUGUGCAAGAAGUACUUUCUGGUUCUGGGUAAUUUCAGCUAUUCCAUUUUAUGGUGCAACAUGGGAACACUAUUUCACCAAUACCCUUAUUCUUCCUGCUAUCAACGGGCCUACUGAGGGUCUUAUGUUGAUAUAUGUGGCUCAUUUCUUCACAGCUAUUGUAGGUGCUGAGUGGUGGGCUCAACAAUUAGGAAAGUCUUUGCCCUUCUUAAAUUGGGUUCCUUUUCUUUAUGAAAUUCCUACAAACAGAGCAGUGUUGUUUCUGAUGAUUGCUUUUGCUGUAAUACCAACAAUCAUUUUCAAUGUACAGAAUGUUUAUAAGGUAGUUCAGGCAAGAAAUGGAAGCAUGCUGCUGGCAUUAGCAAUGCUUUACCCUUUUGCUGUACUCUUGGGAGGAGUGGUAGUUUGGGACUAUUUGUCUCCAUCUGACUUAAUUGGGAACUAUCCUUAUUUGGUUAUAUUGGGAACUGGACUUGCGUUUGGAUUUCUUGUGGGAAGGAUGAUCCUCGCUCACUUGUGCGAUGAACCAAAGGGCUUGAAAACCAAUAUGUGCAUGUCACUACUGUAUCUACCUUUUGCCAUUGCAAAUGCACUCACAGCCAGACUGAAUGAUGGAGUUCCUUUAGUUGAUGAGAGGUUGGUCCUUCUUCUUUACUGUGCAUUCUCAGUGGUACUGUAUUUGCACUUCGCAACAUCUGUCGUUCAUGAAAUCACAACUGCGUUGGGAAUUUAUUGCUUCAGGAUAACUAGGAAAGAAGCUUGAACUUUGCGAGUGUUUCUUUUGGGCUUAUUCUUCCCAGCUGUCAAUUCCAGAAUGAUGCAGCUAUGCCAAGAUUUUGGUUGUUCUUUUUAAAGACAUUUAUGACAUAGUUGUCACUGACUCACUGGGUUCAGUGCUUGAGGUCCAUUUUGGUUAUCCAUACCUUUGCAUUAGAAUUUUCUUUUUCAGCAUAGAGUAGGUCAAUAUAGAUUUGUAAACUCAUUUUGUGUAAUACAAGCAUUAGAAAUUUAACACUA